AUGCGACCCAUAUAUGAUAAAUGGUCAGGGAAGCUCAAUCCACACUACCAUGCCAUGAUACCAAUAGUUAAUGAGAAACUGAGAAGUGCGGCUCGCAAUGAAAAGGAAUUUGCAAGAUUGAAGACAGCAGACUUUGCACUGUUUGGUGCAAUGUGGUGGCCCACGGCCAACUUCGAUGAGCUUCGAAUCCUGAUUUUCUGGGCGGUAUGGAUUUUCCUGUGGGACGACGAGGCAGACGAGCCGACAGGACAAUGUGCAGAUGAUUUCGAGACUGCGCAAAAUUUCCGCCAAGAGACUAUACAAUUUGUUCAUGGGUGUCUGAAACUCGACAAAACCGAAAAGCAGCGUCAAGGAUUGUUCUAUCAGUUGACCAAAAGUUUCCAGGUUUUUGGUCAUCAACUGGAAGCAACAUUCGAGUACCUUCUUGGACUGAGCUCCAAUAAUAAAAUUAAUUCCGCCAUUGCACACAAAAUACUUCGUAGCCUCACAGUCGUCGGAACAAGACUCAAGAGUAGUCUUACAUGGAUUUUAGGAUUUAGUGCAUCGAAGUCUCCGCCCACUGCAUCAAGUCCCGUUAUUGAGAACUUUCGAGUAGUCGGCGAGGCUCUCGUUAGAGGAUAUACUGUGGAACAGAGACAAAACUUUUUCGAGGAAAUGAAGUUGGCUAUCAGCUCUACUGAAGCGGAACAGAAGCCCAAAUUGGAGGGAAGGUUGCCAACCCUAGAAGAGUAUUGGAGUACUCGAAUGGGAAUAAGUGCUGUUGGUGUUUGCAUAGCUUUGAUCGAACUCGCGAGCGGAAUUCGAGGACCGUAUGAAACAAAUCGUGAGCCCUCGUUGAAGAUACUUUGCGAUGAGACAAACAUCGUCAUCAUCAUAGCGAAUGACAUCUUGUCACUGAAGAAGGAGAUGGCCAAAGAAUGCGCUGACAGCCUUAUACCACUUUCUUGCCUCAAGAAUGGCGAUGUUCAGAGCGUGCUUGAUCAAGCACAUACUGACUUACUCGCCGCAGUAGCUCGCUUUGAGGUCGAGGCGGAGAAGGUCCUCUCGGAGCCUCGACAGACGAGAAUGUCAGACGAGGAGCUUCGUGUAUUUAUUGACGGAUGCAGGCAACUUUGGGUGGGAAACUUUGAGUGGAGUCUUCGUACAGGACGGUAUGGUCUCCAAUCGAUCGAUAAGACGAAUGGUAGUUUCUCCGUCGUUCUUUGA